AUGGAUGAAGCUUUCGCACAUUUAGAGGGAAAUCCUCAGAAGCUUGGGAAAAAGUCUUACAUCGCGCCCGACGGGGGUUGGGGCUAUGUUGUUUGUAUUGGGGUUGGAUUUACUUUCAUGCUUGGAUUUGGAUCAUCAAAUGCGUUCGGAAUACUCUUCAAUAGUUUCUUUAUGGAGCAAGAUGGAGCCAGUGGUCUACCUUUAGUGAUAGGAGUGUACAACGGAGCCCUUUCAAUAGCAGGGUUCCUUAGCGGUAUAGCACUUAAGAAGUACUCUUUUAGACAAGUCGGUUUGGUGGGCGCUGGCUUAUUCGUACUUGGAGAUGUUCUCACGAUAUUCGUUCAAAGAACGUAUCAACUGGCUUUUACUUUUGGAGUUAUACGAGGUGCUGGAUUUGGCGUCAUGAUACCAGUUAGUUUCACAGCAUUUAAUUGUUAUUUUACGAAAAAGCGAACGGCUAUGAUGAGCGCAAACCAGACGAUGAGCAGUAUGGCGUCGAUCACAUUCCCUAUACUUGUGACCUUCCUGCUGUCCGAGUAUGGGUUCAGAUGGACCCUUGCUUUGGUUAUGGCCAUUGACCUGCAUUUAUUAUUCGCAAUGAUUGUUAUGCACCCCGUGGAGUGGCAUAUGAUCAAGGCGCCACAAGAAAGUUUUAAAGAACUUUCAUCAUUGCGUGACGUUCAAAGUAAAAAUAAGGAUGUAUUUGAUGAAGCAGUAAUAAAAAUGUUGCCAGGUGAAGACGCGGUUGAAAUUAAGAAAUCUCCGAUCCGACACGAGUCUAUACAAAAGAGUAUUAUAAAAAUUAUAUAUGACAACGUUGAGCUGGAUCUCCUAAAGGAUCCAAGAUUUGUCAGCACCCUCGUUGGGCUAGGAUUUGCCUUCGUCUCUGACGUCACAUACCUUGCUAUGGAGCCUAUGCUGUUGUUUUCAUACCAAUAUUCUAAGAUGCAAGUGGCAACGUGUGUUAUGGCUGGCGCUAUCGCCGAUUUAGCAGCCAGAUUUUUCUUGGCAGUUUUCACCUAUUUCUACACUGUGGAUAGUAGAAAAAUUUUCUUCAUCGGGACAUUUAUAACUAUGAUAUUACGAAUAGUUCUAGUGACAUCUGACAAUGUGACCUUUGUGUUCGCUAUUACGAUAAUAUCUGGACUAGUCAGAUGUUCUGUUCAAGUUCUGUUUCCUUUGGUCCUCGUCACAGCGGCUCCAGAUCGGUUUCCUGCAGCACUCGCUCUGCAUAUUUUAUUCUCCGGUUGUUUGAUGUUAAUGGCAGAUCCAAUGAUAGGUGUCAUCUACGAAGCAACAGGGAGUUAUGUGAACUGUUUUAUAGCGAUGAGCUUCUGUUGUUUAGUAUGUAUUGUACUUUGGACAGUCGAAUUUAUUGUAUAUCGAAAGAAAACGUGA